UUCCACCCACCACCUUGAGUCUUUCGGAUACAAUCAUUGAAAACCGCCCGAGUGGCCCCCCCAAAAGCAGGCAGCGUGGCCUAAAUGAUGCCCGAAACUGAACGCGAAACUGAAGCGGAAAUGGCUAGCGGUGCCCUGGGGCAUAAUUAUGGUAUUGUAAAGGAUCAGCAACAGCAACAGCAGCAGCCACACCAUCACCACCUGCAACACCAUCAGCAGCAGCAACAUCAGCAGUCCCCAUCCGAUCUGUUCAAGAUGGCCUGCAAUGGCUAUAAUUACAGCAGUCCCCUGACCAUUCCGCCCACCUCGAUGACCAUGGUCAGUCCGAUUGGCAGCAGCAAGGAGAAGCUGGUGAAUAUGUUGCGCGUGCGCGACAACAACAAUUUGGCCAGCCCGAUCUCGGAGCCGCCCACCACGUUCCUGCAGAAGCAACUGGAGGCGGUUGUGGCUCCCCGGCCAAGUUCAGUGCAUCCCCAGCAGCAGCAACAUCCGCAGCAGCAAUCCCUGCAACAGCAGCAACAACAACGGCGUUCAGCCAGCACACCUGCAAUCACCACCACACCUGGUCCGCCCACCAAUUGGCAUGCCCAUGUCUACGAUCUACCGCCCCGCCCAACUCCCCACUCCAUCGCCGACAUCCUGGGCAUAUCCUUGGUGAAGAAGGAUCGUUCGGAGGGAGCCUUCGAUCACCAUGGUCCGGCCAUCCCGAACAGCAUACUAAAGCCCUAUCAGGAUCAGCAGCCCAUGAGGAGCUCCUCCAUUUCGAUGAGCGAGGCCAGUGAGGAGGACAGCGGCGCCUUGGCAGGAGCAACAUCUGCCGGCGCAGCAGCAACUGUCACCGCAGCAACUGUUGCAGCAGCAGCAGCCACUCCGCUCGAUCAGCCGCUCAAUCUGUGUGUGGCCAAAAAGUCCCGCGACAGCAGCAACUCACCCAUGCCGGCCACCAAACAGAGCCAAAUCCUCGGCAAGUCAGCCACCAAGAAGGAGAGCUCUGGUAAGCCGGCGGCCAAGAAGAAGAAGUUAACGCCCACCGCGGCGGCAACGGUGGCUCUACCGCCGGACAUCAGUCCCACGGGCAGCAGCGACAGUCUGAUGCGGGACAAGCUGAUGGCCCGGAACCUCAACAGCUCGCCGGGCGGAAAUGCCAAUCCGCAGCUGCAGAGCAACGCCAACAGCACGCUGGAGACCACCGAGGACGACUCCGACUCGGGAUCCACGGAUGCCCGGCGCAAGAAGAAGGCCCGCACCACCUUCACGGGCCGCCAGAUCUUCGAGCUGGAGAAGCAGUUCGAGGUGAAGAAGUAUCUCAGCUCCAGCGAGCGCACCGACAUGGCCAAGCUGCUGAUGGUCACCGAAACUCAGGUGAAGAUUUGGUUCCAAAACCGUCGCACCAAGUGGAAAAAGCAGGAUAAUGUCACAAACAACGAGGCGGCGGAACACAAAUCCACCAACGUUAAACCAGGAGCACCAACUACCGCAACAACUACAUCAACCACCACAACAGGUGGAGAACCUGGCGAAAAGAAACCCCUCAAUGGAAACUCGCCCAAUGCCGCCCCAACUGCGGAGAGUAAGAAGUCUCCAAAGUCUCCCAAUCGCGGCAGUAAUAACAACAAUAGCAGUACGCUAAAUAACAAUGUUAAUAGCAGCGAGGGCAAAUCACCCGGCAAACCUAGUAACAAGAUUAAAAAACAAUUGAAUGCCCUGCUGGAAAAGACAGUUAAAUCCGCCAGUCAGGCAAAUCGAGGUGCGGAACUGGAGACCGGAACCGGAAACGGAGAUCAGAAGCCUGCAGUGGAGAAACGGAUAAAUAAUAGUAAUGAAAAUCAAUUGCUCCACCAGCGGUUGCAUCAGCACGCUAUACCCCUUACUGUAGAACCAGCUGCUCCACUCGAACAAACCGAGAAAUUGGACAUAAAACGCGAGGAAUCGCCGCAGCAUCGGGACUUGCAGCUAAGACUCCAGACGGCCAUUCAAAAUGGCCAGCUAACGGAAACGGAAAUGGAUUUCGAAAGCAAAUUGGCGGCCAGCAAAAUAUCGAGCUUGGCCAUGGCCAACAAGCAAAUUCAACCGGAAAAGUUGGUCAAAACCGAAAGUUCCUCGUCGGAGGGUGAAGGAGAGGCUGAAGAAGAUGAGGAGGAGGAGGAGGAUGGUGGUUCCUCCAGCGAACAUGGUGAUUCCACGGAGGCCCACGAUUCGCAGGAUCAGGAUGUCGCCAUGCGGGAGAUCUAAUGGUGAAAGCCCCCUCCCCCAAACUAAACACACAGUCAAAUUAACUUGUGCCAAAAAGUCGAAUAUUGCUCAUCCACAAAGAGGAGAAACCAUCCCCCAAAAAAACAGAAAUAAAAGCCCAAUAAUUGUAAUACCUAAUUGUAAUUUAAUUGUCGCGUAAUCCGUUCACCUUUAGGCUUGUAUUUAAUUUAUUUAAUAUACUUAAACGCUAAGGCUAGGCUUUUGUAAAUGUCGCAUUUAAAUGUCCGCGUAAACUAUGGCAUAUUGUAAUCUGAACUUUCGAGAAUUUCAUGUGAUAAUGUAUACGAGGCGAUUACAAAAUUGAUUUUACUACUUGAACUAUGAACUAUAUUGUACGUAAGCCUGUAAGCUCUGCUACCCUGUAAAUUGCAAUUGAAUGAAACAUAUUUAUUGAGUGUUUGUACAAAAAA